UCAAUCCAUAUUUACCUGGGUCUAAGCAGAAGAGAAUUCUUGCGCUCCGCCUUUACGAUUAGCAUACCCUGCUUAUAAAGAUAAAUUUAGGGGCCACUAAUAUAACAUUCCUUGCAAGAAAAGAAAUGAAUCUCUUGCGGAGAGAUUCAACUAUCCACUGACUUGCAGGCUUUAUAUUCUAUAUCUCAGCACUACGGAGAGAUUUAUCAAUAAUAUGUCUUUCCCUUCCCCUUAGAUACCAUCAUCCCAUUAUUCUCAUAUUUAUCGUCGGAUUGAUUUGAAGCGAUCAGAUGGACCAGAGAGAACCUCAUGUUCGAUCUUUAGGCAUCUGUUACAGGAUCUAUCAUUUUAUCGUGAAAACCUUGAUGUCCCAAGUAUCGAAGACGGUGACUUUAGGGCGUCCCGUACAGUUCGGCUCAGCCAAGGUUCAGACUUGUAGAGAAGACGAGGCAGUGGUCAAGCCAGAGACAAAGGAGCAGAAGGCCCGAGAGAAGAACGGUGCAGGAAUGAACAUGAACGGAGAAGAGAAAACGGUACCUCCAAGGGAAGCUCCGAAGAAGACGGUCAGCAUUAAUGACAACGUGGAGGAGAUUACCGACAGUAAGAAGAAGAAGAAGAAGAAUAGGAGCAAAUCUUUCCAAAAGUCGAAUUCUCUGGAGCGGCAGCAACAAGAAGAACAGGAAGACAUUAAGCCUCUACGACCAAUUCUGAAAGUCAGAUCUAAUCUGGACGAGAAAUCAAUUUCGUAGCGUUGACGUCGUUCGUAAUAUCAAGAAAAGGAAUACUUUCAUUUCAUGUAAAAAUGUACAGCAGUAGUUUACAAGGAUUUCUCUCCUUUUAUUUUACUAACUCGAGUAGGUAACUUUGUUUUAAUUUUAAAUAUAAGAUC